AUGGAGAAGAUCAAGGGAUACAAGGAUCUCACGAUGACGGCGGAACUGGAUAACGAUAUUGCCACGGAUACAGAACUCCUGAAGCAACGUUACCAGAAAUUUAUUAAAGCAAGUGACCAAGUACGCUGGGCCUUGCAGAAUACGAACGCUACCGAGGAGCAAAUCGAGCAAGAUUACUCCACAGUAGCUGAAGUAGAAGAAGAAAUGAGCAGCAUACUCGCCUUCAGAAAAGAACAGCGCCAAAUCGAGGAGGACAGAAACCGAUUGCUUCAAGACCUGCUUACUCAACAGCAGCAGCUCUUCGCAACCCAAAUCCUCCAACAACAGCAAGCCCACGCCUUACAAAUUCAACAACUCAUGGCGCAAAACCAGGCACCAGUUCAAGUAGCAGCAGCAGCAGCUCCAAUUCAACAAGCAACACGUCUUCCCCAAAGACAAAUCAAGCAUUUUAAAGGAGAUAUUCUUGAGUGGACAUCAUUCUGGGAGAGCUUUAAUGCCUCCAUUCACUCGUCUACAAUGUCGGAUGUCCAAAAAUUCGACUACUUAAAAGAAUAUCUAAAAGGGGAAGCGUACUUGUGCGUUGAAAAUCUGGAACUCACCGCAGCAAACUACAACAUUGCCAUAGCAGAGCUAAAAAGAGUCUACGCUAAACCAAAGGCUCUUAUUCAAACUCAUUUAUGCAAGUUUGACAACCUAGCUCCUGUCAAGACAAUGGCAGACGUAUCGGCGCUGAGAAAAUUGCAGCUCACAGUCCAGUCUCAUAUUAAUGCCUUGGAAACCCUCGGGGUUCGAAAAGAAUCAUUUGGAGGACUCCUUGGCACAAAACUAAUGAAAUUGCUUCCUGCAGAAUUGCAGAAAGAGUGGUCGAGCUCUGAAGAAAACGACAUCACAGACAUCGCAUCCCUACUGAAUUUCAUCAGGGAUGAAGUUGACGCAGCGGAGAGGUACAGCCGAUGGAAAUCGGAAACCACAAAAACGCCACAACAGUCAACAUCGCCAAGUCCAGCGAAACCAAUACACGCUGCCACAGCAUCACAGCUGGCGAUUGGAGCCAGAUCACAACCAGCUCCACACACCAGCAAAAACUCCAGACAAUUUGUGCCACCGUCAAACACACCUUUUAGGAGACAGGACAAUUUUAUCAUGCGAGAAUGCACAAGACCAUGCAUUUUCUGCGGGGAAGUUCACUACCCCACGGUUUGUCCAGUGAACCUAAAAGAAAAAAAGGCCAUCAUCGCUAAGCUGAAAAGGUGCGUCAGAUGCUUCAGUGCAAACCACGAAACUCUGAACUGCACCACAAACUACACUUGCAAACAUUGCCAAGCCAUUCAUCACACGGCUCUCUGCGACAAAAAGCAGACACGUUUUGCGCACCAAACUGUUAAUGGCAACAGCGCCAUCACAAAUGUUACGGCGUCUGCUGCAAGCGCAAACACCCCAGGCAAUCUCGUGGUGAAGACAGCUACAGUAAAUGUAGUAGGCCCAAAUGGCAAACAAACAAGAGCCAUUUUAUUUAUAGACGACGGCAGCCAUAGAUCUUGGGUCACAAGAUCUAUAUCAAAAUUGUUGGAUCUUAAAGUGGUAGCAGUGGAAAACAUCGGUACCAGAGUUUUCAAGCAACGAAAACCAAAUCCAGUGGAGAAGACCAAUUCAGUCGAGCUGACAUUUAGGGGCACUUGGCAUGGUGCCCCACUCGUCAAAAUUACAGCACUAGAAACGGACUACAUUGGAGACACUGGUCCAUAUGCCCACACAACAUUCGCACAAAAAUUGUGGCUGGACAACGAAAGAAUGGCUGACGACAGGUUCGAGACAAACAGCCAGGAAAAAGAUGUCGGGAUUUUAAUAGGAGUCGACCAGAUGUUUGAAAUCAUCCCUAACGAAGCAGCUAUCCAAAGCCCGUGUGGCCUAAGGGCCUACAACACAAAGCUUGGGCGGAUGAUAGUUGGACCUUCUAAAGAAAAAAAUUCGAAAAAAGGCAAAGCAUUGAUCCAGCAAAUGCUGCAAUGCAGUAGUUUCUCAGCCCAAUCAGUAGCUUCAUAUGCAGCCGGCUGCCUUAAUUCAAACUACACUUUUACAACUCUUCCAGAAGAAAAGGAGAAAACGCCGGAUGUAAAGGAGAAAAAGGAAUCUUCAUCUCCCCACCCGACCUCUAUAGAAGAAAUUUCCAUAGAGAACUCCAUUAUUAAAAAAGAAAAAAAGAAGAUUGUAAAAGAAGAAUUAAAGCGGCAGACGGACUUUGACCUAUCCUUGUUUUGGAAGCUAGAACACUUUGCCAUUUUAGACGAUUGUGAUGCAGUGGAGCCAGACGAUCCUCUAGGCUCCUUUGGAGACAAAAUCACCCGUCAAGAAGAUGGGCGAUACUGCACCCCAAUCCCAUGGAAAACGGAUAAGUGGAGGUUGGAGAAAAAUUUCCUGAUGGCUAAAGGAAGACUGGAGAGUCUUUUAAACAGACUCAAGAAAACGCCAGCGCUUCUAUCGGCUUACCACCAGGAGAUCGAGCAACUCAGAGUCCAAAACUUCGUAGAAAAGGCAGACCUAAACUACGAUGGACUCCACACUUAUCUGCCACAUCAUCCUGUCAUCCGACAGGAUAAAACUACAACAAAAAUCCGACCGGUCUUUGAUGGAGCGGCUAAGUCCAAAUUUGGACCAAGCCUCAACGACGUCCUAGAAACCGGUCCAAACCUGAAUCCUGACCUGCUAGCCGUUCUAAUGCGAUUCCGAUUAAAUCGGAUCGCAUGGAUAGCAGAUAUUGAAAAAGCUUUUUUAAACAUCGCCCUGCAUCCUGAAGACUCAGAAGCAGUACGAUUCCUGUGGGUAACGGAACCAGAAACAUCUGGCUCCCCUUUAGUUGCUUACAAAUGGAAGCGAGUUCCAUUUGGACUCAGUUCCAGCCCAUUCUUGCUUAGAGUUACCCUCAACAAGCAUUUGGAUGGAAUGGAGCCACUGUACUCCACUACAGUAAAACAGCUAAAAGAACAAAUUUACGUCGACGACUACCUAGGUGGCGCCGACAGCAUUCCCACAGCCAAAAACAGGAUUCAGGAAACAAAGGCCAUCUUCCAGGAGGCUAAACUCAACAUGCGAAGCUGGGUGACAAACGACAAAACACUUCGCAAAUUUCUCAGUGAGAAGGGGCUUAUCAACCCCAUUGUCAAAAUCUUCACUCAGAAACUGGAAGAGGGCCAACCAAAGGUCCUAGGCAUUCGGUGGGACACCGAAUCCGACACAUUCCAAUUCGACCCCGCGCCCAUCAUUGAAGCCGCAACAGAAUUGGGGGACCUUGUCACCAAAAGAAAUAUCCUACGGAUAUCGGCAAGAGUGUUUGAUCCCAUUGGGUUCUUAGCACCCACUACACUCCUGCUAAAAAUCAUCUACCAGAAGCUUUGGGAAGCAGAAAUUGACUGGGACGUCGAAGCGCCGCCGGAAAUUGCACAAACAUGGAUAACUGCUAUGACUGGGUUGAACGAGUUCGCCAAAUUGAAAAUCCCCCGCUGGAUAGGCCACUCGAAAAGGGUCAUACAAUCAGCAGAAAUUCACGUCUUCGGGGAUGCUUCUGAGGCGGCGUAUGGAGCCGUUGCUUACGCAAGGCUCCAAACAAAAAACAACGAAACCAGCAUUCACUUUCUAGCCAGUAAAACGAAAGUGGCACCUCUCCCAAAGAAAAAAGUUACCCUACCUCGACUGGAGUUAUUAGGCUCGCUUCUAGCCGCAAGGCUAGGAGAAAAACUGAAAAAUUUUCUUCACACAGAGUCAUGGCGAACCAUAUUUUGGACAGACUCUUUGGUAGCACUUGGGUGGAUCAGAGGAGAUCCUAACAGAUGGAAACCAUUUGUUAGGAACCAAGUGGAAGCUAUCAGAAAGCUGUCUGGAGUGAGUUGGUGGCGGCACUGCCCGGGCAUACACAAUCCUGCGGAUCUUGCCUCGCGGGGAGCGCCAGCGUCAGCGCUGGUACACUCCGAGCUAUGGUGGAAUGGUCCACCAUGGCUUAAAGAAGAAACAGAAUGGCCGGAUUCAACACCCGAUGCAGGAGAAACAAGCAUCCACGAAAAGAUCGAAGCGGAAGCCAAAGGAAAAACCGUCAUCAUGUCGGUGGCUACCGUGGAACCAGCUACCCCAAUGGAAUGGCAGCUGGAACGAAUUCCAUCAUGGAAUCGACUACUUCGACGAACCGCCUGGAUGCUUAGGUUCCUCCACAAGAAUCGCCCCAUCAACAGAACGCAAAUCAGAACUCCAAUCAAGAUAGGAGACGAAAAGGAAAUACUGGUAGACCAUCUGACAGUAGAGGAACUGACGAAGGCGGAGCUACUGAUCUACAGGCAGCUCCAAAAAGAAGCAUUUCCAAAGACGUUCCAAGACCUACAAGAGGGAAGGCAACCACACCACAAGGAGAAAAUUGCCAAACUCCGACCCGUGUGGGAUGAAAGAGACAAGCUGAUCAGAGUGACCGGAAGGGUCGAAUUGGCACUAAGAGACAGGGACAUUGAACCUGCCAUACUGCUGCCCACUCACCACCCAGUCGUCAAAUUGCUCAUCGCAGAUAGGCACGUCUCACUUAAACACGCCGGAGUGAAAACUACCCUCUCCGAUUUACGGGAACGUUUUUGGAUUAUCAAAGGGCGUCAGCAGACCAAAUCUGUUUGGCAUGCCUGCGUCAAGUGCCAACGGCUAACUUCACCACCAUUUACUGAAGUAGCUGCACCUCUACCACUGAAUCGCUUGAAACAAGCGAAAGCCUUCGAAAUCACGGGUGUGGAUUUCGCAGGGCCAUUGUAUUACAAACACCCAAUAUCACGUAAGAAACGCAAGCAAGCGGAACUUACGACCUCCGUGGAUCCCCCACAAACGGAUGAUCCAAGUGUGGAGACUCCAGCCGAGCCUCCAGCCAUGGAACAAACGGAGGAAAAAGAAAACCUCCAACCGGACGACUCAGGCAAGAAGAAAAAGGGUACAAUCAAGCAACCCAAAAGUUAUGCCUGCUUAUUCACCUGUGCGGUGACUAGGGCCGUCCACCUGGAGUUGACUAAAACCAUGUCAGCACGUGACUUUCUCCUAGCCUUCAGAAGAUUUUCAGCUAGGAGAGGUCUUGAGAUCCGAUCCAGCGAUCCAUGA